AUGUUAGAUGAGACAGAAAAUAAAAAUGAUUCAGUGCUUUCCAAUGAGCAUCAAGAAAGUCAGCAUCAGAUUAACAUUUUGCCUCCAGAGUCGAUGCUGAAAUCCACACUGAAGAUAAAGAAGAAAGUAAUAACAGAGGAGUAUAAGCUUGCAGGACAAGUUCUUGGGAUAGGAAUCAACGGCAAGGUCUGGGAAAUAUUCCAGAAGAAAAGUGGCAAAAACUACGCACUAAAGAUGUUGCGGGACACUCCUAAGGCUCGAAGGGAAGUGGAGCUUCACUGCAGGGCGUCCAUCUGCCCCCUUAUUGUAGGAAUUGAAGAUGUCUUUGAGAAUUACUACCAAGGCAAAAAGUGCUUGCUUCUCAUCAUGGAGUGUAUGGAGGGGGGAGAACUCUUUCGACACAUUAAGGAACAUGGUGAUCAAGCUUUCACUGAAAGAGAAGCCUCAGAAAUUAUGAGAAAUAUAGGAGAAGCCGUGGAGUUUCUGCAUGGUAUUAACAUUGCUCACAGAGACCUCAAGCCAGAGAAUCUACUGUACUCUUCAAAGCAACCGGAUGCCCAGCUCAAGCUUACAGACUUCGGAUUCGCCAAAGAGACCACAUCCAACAAAUGCUUGGCCACCCCGUGCUAUACACCUUAUUAUGUGGCCCCCGAGGUGUUCGGUCCAGAGAAAUACGAUAAGUCAUGUGACAUGUGGUCAUUAGGAGUCAUCAUGUACAUCCUGUUAUGCGGGUAUCCACCAUUUUACUCAAACCACGGCUUACCGCUCUCACCGGGAAUGAAAAAACGCAUUCGAAACGGCCAGUAUGAAUUUCCCAACCCCGAAUGGUCACAGGUGUCGGAGGAAGCAAAGCAGCUCAUUUGCCAGCUACUGAAAACAGACCCUACGGAGAGAAUGACCAUCACACAGUUCAUGAACCAUUCUUGGAUCAAUAUGUCGAUGAAUGUUCCUCCAACACAUCUACACACAAGUCGAGUUCUUAAGGAAGAGAGUCACGUCUGGGAUAAAGUCAAGGAAGAGAUGACUAACGCCUUAGCAACAUUAAGAGUGGACUAUGAACAAAUAAAGAUCAAACCGAUCAAGGAUGCGUCCAAUCCUCUUCUUCUGAAAAGAAGAAAGAAAAUGGCCGCUGCAAUGGAAGAAGCACAAGGACCGUGA